CGGCGUAUUGCUGUUUUGAAGAGGGGUAAUGUUUAUGAACUGAAUUCGGCGUGCGGGUCGUACGUAAAGUGCGCGUCGUUUCGAAGUGGUGAACGUAAAGCUAACUAAGAGCUUUAACCUUGUGAAAAGUGAACAUUUUACAUAGUUUUGUGUAUUUUGUGAGAGAAAGAAAUGGAAAAUAAGGAUGAACAAACUGAAGCUGAUGCAGAAAAUGAUCUGGCUGAAAAGCAAAUGGAGCUCUUUCGUCUUAAGAAUCGCUUGGAUGAAACACUGCAAGAACUGGAAGAGUCACAGAAGAAAGUCGAAAACUUGCAGGGCGAAACUUCAAAACUCAGAGAAACUGCAAACAGGCUGGAGAGAGAGAACUUGGAUUAUCGCCGACAGUGUCUGUCUGUUUCGGAUGAGCGUGAUGAAUUGACAAGGUUGUUGGAGAGGCGCAAUGCUGAACUGAAUUCUCUUCAGGAAGAAAAUAAGGCUCUUGCCCAGCAAGCGAAAGAUGCGGUUGCUGCGAAAUAUGAAGUUUUGGUGAAGAUAGAUGAAGUUGACAGUAGACAGGCUAGUCUAGAAGCAAGGGAAAAACGCAUGGACCAGGAACGUGUUCUGCUUAAAGCCCAGAUUCAAAAUUUAAAUGAAGAUCUUGCGAAACAUGCUUCAGAAGUGCGUAAUUUGAGGAUUCAGAAUGCAGCAAAUAUUGUUAACCUUGAAACACAACUGUCGCAGAAAACAGAGGAGACAAAUGUGCUAGAACAGCGUUUUGAAGAGCUCACUAAAGCAAAUUCUAAUUUGCAAAAGAAAAUGGAUUCUCUUUCAAAACAACUGUUGGAGCAACGUGAGGCUGAGGCCAAGCUUCAGGAAAGUUUUGGACAGGAAGUGCGUGCACAGACAAAGCUUGCAAAUUUGUACAAAGGGGUCAGUGAAGAAGAAAAAGGAAAGUCACAGCAACUUAUGAAAAGAGUGAAGGAACUUGAGGAGCUACUGAAUGAAGCAAGGAACCAGCACUGUGCCUUAGAAGCGAAGAUGGAGGAUAUCAAUGCUAAACAUUAUGAAGAGAUGCAGAAGAAGCAAGAAACUGUAGCAGCUUUGAAAGAAGAACUUUUGAGAGCAAAUGAAUUAAUAGAGGCUGCAAAAGCAGAGGCUAUUGAGAAAUCCCUAGAAAUGUCUCCUGAAGCAUCGCAUGUUAGCCGUUUGCUGAAAUCAGGAAUGACAACCACUCAACUAUAUAUGCAGUAUGCUGAUAUGUCUGAGAAACUUAUGCUGGAGAAGGAAAAUAGCCGCAAACUCACUUUGUAUCUGAACACAGUUAUGAAGGAAGUUGAAGAAAGAGUGCCAACCUUGCGACAACAGACACUGGAAUUUGAAUCCAUGAAGGAGCAGUAUAUAGCUAUGAAGAAUACAUAUGAUGAAGCCAUGGCAAAGAUAAACUUACUUACUGCUGAGGCCAAUGAAGCUACAAGAGAGUCUGCACGUCUCACACGUGAGAUAAAGAGGCAUAUGGAUGAUAAAGCAACUUUGUCUCGUCAGGUUUGCUUCCUUCUAAAAGAGCUGGAGGAUGCUCGUACAGUCUCAAGUACAAAUGCGGAUGUCUCAUCACUAGACAUAACAAGCUCAUCACAUGCUGUGCAGGCAGAAGAAUUAGUAACUUUCAGCUCCAUAGAAGAACUGCAGCAGAAUAAUCAGAAGCUGCUGGCAAAAAUACGGGAACUGAGUUCUGAGAGUGAGAAAGAAGAAGAAAAAGAAUCUGAUGAAGUGAAGGAACUGAAGGCCCAUUUAGUAUCUUACGCAGAGCAAAUGCACAGCAUGACUGAGAGAAAUGAACGGUGUGAGAAAAUGAUAGAGACAUUGUUGCGACAGCGUGAUAUGUACCGCAACUUGUAUAUCCAGGCAAGAGAAGGGAAAGAUGUAAGUGACACUUCAUCAGUUAUUACAACUACUCCAGAUGGCACAGCUCACAUAGAGAGGAGUACAAGCAUUAAAGAGUUGGCAGAGACCAGAAAGGCUCUUCAAGAGGCACUGGCUGAAGCUGAAACAUACCGUAAAGAAAGACAGGCACAUGAGAAACACUUGACUGAACAGUUGGAAACUGCUCAAACUGAACUUCACAAAAUUCGUUCCGACUACGCCCGCAUUGUGGCACAGGCCGAAUAUGCAGAUCGCUGUGCUAAGGCAUUAAAAGACAGCACUGAUGUUUAUCGUGCGCAGGUUGAUGCUCUUGAGAAACGAAACCAGAUAUACGUUGAAUCAAUAGCUAAGCAUGAGCAAACAAUUGUUGCUAUUAAAGAUGAAGCUGUUGAUGCUCAGAAGAAGCUUGCUCAGGCAGAGGUUCGCCUUCAGAAUGCAUUGCAAGAAUGUGAAUUGCUGCGUGAGAGCAAUACACGUUUGCAGAAAGAAAAGGAAAUGUAUGAACGAGAGAAUCGUGGGCAGAGUAAUUUACUAGCUAAUUUGGAAUGUAUCCGUACUAGCUUGGAACGGCAAGAUACAGAGGCUAGAGUUCGCCUUGAGACCCGUCUGGAUGAUGCCCUCCGUGAAUGUGCAGCUUUGCGGCGACGAUUGCAGGAAGAAGAAGAUAACUUUAGAGAACUCUCUAAGCAACUUAAGCAGCAGGUGGAAAUUGCCAGACAACGUGAGGAGGAGGAACGUAAACUUGGCCAACAAGCAAGAACAGAACUUAUAUCUGCAAGAACAGAACUGAACCAAGUUAAUGAUGAGCUGCUGAAAUUACAGAUGCGUGUUAAAGAACUUUCCAAACAACCUUCACAGGAGACCACGACACAAACUAAGGAACUGCUUAGCAGAAUUAAAGAUCUAGACCUACAACUGCUUUCGAAGAACAAUAGCUUAACCACUGCACAGAAGGAACUGGCUGAAGCAAAGGAACACAUGCAGAAGUAUUGCGAUAUUUCGGAGGCCCUUGAGCAGCGUGUAAAGGAGCUAUCUGAUGAAAAAAAACAAGCACUAGAAGCUGCAAACAAGAGAUUGUCAGAAGCAUCAGAAAAAGAACAAGAACUGCGCAAGAAGGUAGAAGAAUUAGAAAAGGAAAUUGCAGAAAUAAGAUCAGCACCUCCUCCAGCUCCUGAAGUUGUGAAGACCGAGAAACUUGUAGCAAAAGGUGAUACUGAUCCUGAGUUGCUUAAGCUAAAGUCACAAUUGGAAGAGGCUAUAGCAGCACUUGAAAUUCAGAAGGAAGCAGCCAAGACUGCAGAGGAGAAGUAUGCUCGAGAAGUGCUGUUGCACUCACAGCAUCUACAGGAGCUUACAUCAGUACGUAACCAGCUUAGCUCACUUGAACAAGAAGUGAGUCAGUUCCGUGCAUCGGCUGAACAAGCAGAAAUGAAAUUACAGGAAGGUAUUUCUGGUCGUGAACGACAGUUGGAACUUCUGCGUGAGCAAGUGCAUGAACUACAGGAUCGCCUUGCAGGACUAGACUCACAGAAUGCGGCAUUGCAUGACCAAGUAGAAGCACUCAGUCAGCAGCUAGCAAUUGCAAAGGGACAGCAGACACCUGGUGAUGUCCCAGAGAUGGAUGAAAAAGCUGCAGAGCAUAAUUCUAAUCAACUUCUGAAGAUCAUUAAAUUUCUUCGUCGUGAGAAGGACAUUGCAGUAGGACAAUUCGAUGUUCUACGUAGUGAAAAUCUACGUUUGAAGGCACAGUUGGAAAAUGUGGAGCAACAAUUGAAUCAAGUGCGCAGUUCACAGUCGGAGAAAAAACAGGAUGAUGAUGCUUCAGUUGUUAGCGCUUCAAAGCAUGCUGAACUAGUGCGGAAGCUUGAAACUUUAAAUGCCAUAACAGACAGUAAUGUGGCCCUGAGAGCAGAAAGAGAUGAGCUCUCAAAGGAAAUUAAAAUACUGAAGACUAAAGCUGAAGCCUUAGAGUCAGAACUUGGGCCACUCCGUAAAGAAAGAUCUCAUUUAACUAACCAGGCAUCUGCACUUGAAGCAGAAAACACAACUUUACGUGCAGAAACAGGACGCCUGCGUCAACGUGUAAGUGCUUUAAUUGAAAGAGCAAACAAAGUGGCACCAGAGGAAUGGAAGCGAUUAAAGACAGAGCGUGAGCAGCUCAAGCAAGAAGUUUCUCAGCUUGAAACCCAGAACAAGCAACAGGUGGAAGAAAUUGCACGACUCACUCGGGAACUUGGAGAAACAAAAAGUCUUUCCAAUAAACGAAAUGAAGAACUUGCCAGGAUCACCGAAGAUCUUGGUGCGAGAGAGGCAAUGCUCUCUGACCUUCGCAAUAAAGAAAUGCAGGUUCGCAAGAUUGCAAAGAAAUACAAGACUCAGUUUGAAGAGCUGAGCAAAACUAUGGAAGAACAGAAGCAGAAAUGGGAUGAUGAAAGGAAAAAAGCUGCAUCUGAGCCUCUUCCACCAGAGACACAAGAACUUUAUCGCACAGAAGGACGCAGAGAAAUGGAACAGCUCAUGUUAGAAGCUGAAACAAGACACACAGAUGCAAUUAAGGAACUGAAUGAUAAGGUAACAAGCUCUCAUGAUGAAGCAGAAAACCUGCGCAAAGAAAAUGAAAGUCUCAAGAUGAAUGCAGUUGAAAAGGAUGAAAGAGCACGAGUCCUACUGAAAAAUUUGAAACAAAGAAUAGUACAGCUGACGGGAGAGAAGAGUGCUUUAACAAAUCAGUUGAAAGAAGCCCAGGAAAGGGUAGGAGCUGUGGAGCAGAUAAAAGAAGAAGACAGUGCUCGUCUAAUAUCUUUGACGUCACAGUACGAGGGGCGGAUAGUGCGCUUAGAGAAAGAAAAUGCUGAGCUAAGAGCAGAGAAACAGAGAGAGACUGAGAGGCUUCAGCAUAUACAAAGACAGCUUGAGAAGUUGCAAGGCUCCAAACCAUCAACAAGCUCUGGCUCAACAGAAAAAGGUACCUCAGAACCACCUACUGCCAAUAUUAAGCCCAUGGCAGGACCAUCAUCAUCGCCUAAAGCACAACAGCCCCAGCAAUCUGCAGCAGUCACACCAUGGACCGGUAGAAGUGAAACACCAUUUGCCAGCAUUCGUCCCAUUUCACAGCCACGUACAGCUGCAGUUUUACCUACAGCAUUUUCCAGUUCUUAUAAUAACCAGACAACUAAUCAGCAGCAGCAAGGACAGAGCCAAGUGGUGCAGGGACAAGUGAUAUUGACUCCGAUGCCCACUCAGCAGACGCAGCAGCAGCAGCAGCAGCAGCAGCAGCAAGCUGUACAUAGUAGUGGUACUGGGGAGACAUCAGUACCCACUUCCAGUCACACAGAAUAUAUGCCUGCCACAAGCACCGCGAUGCCUAUUGCCACAGCAAGCAGCAGUAGCAGCAGUGGACAACAGACAGUGCGCCAGGCGACUGUUACACCGACAAUCACUGGUCUCAGCUCUGCUGAGUCUUCAGAGACAACUGAAGCUGAAGCUGCAGAAAUUCAGGAGGAGCCAUCAAAUGAACAACCAGCUCAACCACAGCAGCAGCAUCAGCAACAGCAGCAGCAGAAGGAACAAGAGCAAGCAGUACAACAGCAGCAGACAUUGUUACCAGCUCCACCACAGGUCCAGCAGUCACAACCACAACAGCAGCAACAGGUGCAACAGCAGCAGCAACAGCCACAACACCACCAGCAACAGCAGCAACAGUCAGCACAGCAACAGCCAACAGGCUCACAGCAGCAGGCUGUUGCUAUGGUUCUCCCUCGUGUCGAAAUGCCAGCAACUGCAACAUCACCUGCCCCUGGCCCUGAACAAACACCUUCUGUCUCAGCAUCGAGCCAAGCUAGCAGCAGCAGCAGCAGCAGCAGCAGUAGUGCAGCUAUUGCUACAGUUAGCACGUCACAGGCUGGUCACAAGCGCCAGCGUGAAGAUACUGACAAUGCCGCAAGUGAUGAUGAUAAAGCAUCACCCUUACAGGCAAAACGUACAAGAACUGUUGACUCAGCCUCCCAGGACAUGUUCCAACAAGUGACAUCUGAUUCUGGUCUUGAGGUAGAGUACCAGGUUCCCACAUCUUCACAGCAUGACCAUGAAGAUGACACUGCAAUUUCAGGGGGAGAUGUAGAAGACGAAGAAGGAAUGGCUGAUGAAGGGGAAAUAGAGGAACCAGAUGAUGGUCCUGAAUUUGAUGAGGAAGCUGACAAUGGUGUCGGCUUCAUUAUGGAGGGCUAUGAAAGAGAUGAUCCGGAGCUGUCUGGCUAUGAUGAUGGUAACGAAGGUCCUGAUAUAGAUGCUGAGAAUCAACAGGACGAGGAUAACAAUGAAGUAGAUGUUAUGGAGGAUGGUAGUGAAGUUCCGAACCAAUCAGGCAGCAGUGACAGUAGAGGUGGUGUGGCAGCAGCAGAUAGUAAUGACACUUCUGGUGCUGGUGCUGACUCAGACAUGAGGCAGCCUGCUGAAGCUACGAGCUCAGGUAGUAGCAGUGGUGCUGGUGGAGGCCGACCUGGGGUGCCACCUCUCCCUCGGGGUCAGCUGCCACUGCUUGGGUUUGAGGAAGUGGGAGAUGAUAGCAUUGUCCCAUCAACACCCACACUCUUUGUACCUCGGCGGUCUGAUGGUUUCAGUGAAGCUGUUAGUUCUCCCCAAGUGCCACAGCAGCAACGGUUCACAUUCUCAGAAACUCAUCCUCCUUCUACAAGUGCUUCACGUCCGAGUAUGCCAACUGGGCAGGUGGCUUCAGAGGGCAUAGAUGAAACCCGGAUGGACAUGACCCAACUUGAUGAAGGCACUGGUCGCAGCGUUCCUACGACCCCACUCCAGGUGUCUCCACAAGGUGACAACACAGGUGUUGAGACGUCAGGUGAAGUUGGCCAGAGUGGAGGGGAUGCAGAUCAGCAGCAGCCACCUGACGGAAGCAGCAGCAGCAGUAGUACUGUCAUUCCUGUCAUCUCAGUCACAGAUGUUUCAGUUGAAGAAGCAGGCGAGGGGGAGACACAGGAUAGUUCAAAUGCGGGUGAUAUUUUAGAACUUGAAGAACCAGAUCUGGAACAAAUAGAAAGUGAAGAUCAAGAUCAGGGUGGCUCAGAUGUGAUGGAAGAAGUUGAUCAUGGCGUCAGCUCCGGUGAAAGUGCAGCUACUGAAUCGGCGCGUACAGCAACAGAGGAGGGACGGGAAGCAGAAGCUUCAGAGCAACCAUCAGGCAGUAGUAGCAUUACCAGUGAGAGUGGCAGCCAAGAGGCCACUCGGCGUGUCACAAGGCAGUUCCGCAGUUCAGUCAGAGGCAGAGCUCGAGGCGUAGCGGGUUCCAGUGCAAGGCACACACCUAUUGUUUGGAGUGAGCCUGGCUCCAGUUUGCAGCAUACUUCGCCAAGAGGGCGGGCAUCAAUGAUGAUGCGUGGAGAAGGUGUUCGUGGAGCUGUUUUUUCUCGCACUGCAACACGAGGACGCCGUAUGAGAGGAAAAUUGAAGGGUGCCUAUACUGGGCCUUACCAAAUGAGAUUUUGAAUAAACAUUUUUAUUUCUGUGAGUCUUAAGUGGAAGAAAACCGAAAUAUUGCUUCAAGAUUAUUAUAACAUUCCCAGACUGAUAAACUGAUUUGUGUAGGCAGUACACUGUGUGUUUACUGUGAUAAAACUUUUGUAAAAUACUAUUUCACCUGGAAUUUUGUAAUUGGUCAAGGCUGUUAUCUCGACAGUGCAUAAGGAUGUACUGUAAAGUAUUCCAAUGAAAUGCUUUUGUUUUUCACAGUGCUCUAGGCAUAUCUUAAAGUAUAAAGAUGUACAUUUUCCUCACUCUAGUGAAUUUAUCCUGUAAGUGCACUGUGUGUGUGGUUUGUAUAAGAAUGUUUUUUUUUUACUUAACUCUUAUGUAAGUUUUUAAUCAUACACUAAAUGUUUGUUUGUAUGUUGUCAGUGACUAUGUUUUUGUAUAGUAUGAAUCACACCGGCAUUGUGCCUAAGUGAUCACAUUUGCAGACAUUUUAUUGUAACCUGUAAGCAGUAUCUCAGUGAUAAAUCCCAGCAGCACAGUUUAAACUUUGGAAGCUCAUCACAGUAUUGAUGUCAUCUUUCAUGUCAUACUAAAAAUUAUCUCUCUUGAUUUGACAACUUGUUAUGUUUCUUAUUUUAUGUAAAUGAACUGUUCACAUUUUUUGUGUGUACCCAAAUGAUAAUAAAUCAGUAUUGAUCAGUAUAGAAACAC